AAAAAGUCCAAGUGCGGCGGCGGGCGCAGGAUGGGGUCCGGCUCCUCCAGCUACCGGCCCAAGGCCAUCUACCUGGACAUCGAUGGACGCAUCCAGAAGGUGGUUUUCAGCAAGUACUGCAACUCGAGCGACAUCAUGGACCUGUUCUGCAUCGCCACGGGCCUGCCGCGGAACACAACCAUCUCCCUCCUGACCACAGACGACGCCAUGGUCUCCAUCGACCCCACCAUGCCGGCAAAUUCAGAACGAACUCCCUACAAAGUGAGACCAGUGGCCGUCAAGCAACUGUCUGAGAGAGAAGAGCUAACCCAGAGCGUGCUGGCCCAGGUGGCAGAGCAGUUCUCCAGAGCAUUUAAGAUCAAUGAACUGAAAGCUGAAGUAGCGGACCACCUGGCGGUGCUGGAGAAACGCGUGGAAUUGGAAGGACUCAAAGUGUUGGAGAUUGAGAAAUGCAAGAGUGACAUUAAAAAGAUGAGGGAAGAACUGGCGGCCAGAAACAGCAGGACAAGCUGUCCCUGUAAGUAUAGCCUUUUGGAUAACAACAAGAAGUUGGUUCCUCGAAGAGAUGUCCCCACCUAUCCCAAGUACCUGCUCUCUCCAGAGACCAUYGAAGCCCUGCGGAAGCCCACCUUUGACGUCUGGCUGUGGGAGCCCAAUGAGAUGCUGAGCUGCUUGGAGCACAUGUACCAUGAUCUCGGCCUGGUGAGGGACUUCAGCAUCAACCCCAUCACGCUCAGGCGGUGGCUGCUCUGCGUGCACGACAACUACAGAAACAACCCGUUCCAUAACUUCCGGCACUGCUUCUGCGUGACCCAGAUGAUGUACAGCAUGAUCUGGCUCUGUGGGCUCCAGGAAAAGUUUUCCCAAGUGGAUAUCAUGGUCCUGAUGACAGCGGCCGUCUGCCACGACCUGGAUCACCCGGGGUACAACAACACGUACCAGAUCAAUGCCCGCACAGAGCUGGCCGUCCGCUACAACGACAUCUCGCCCCUGGAGAACCACCACUGUGCCGUGGCCUUCCAGAUCCUGGCCCAGCCCGAGUGCAACAUUUUCUCCAACGUGCCUGCAGACGGGUUCAAGCAGAUCAGACAGGGGAUGAUCACGCUGAUCUUGGCCACGGACAUGGCGCGGCACGCAGAGAUCWUGGAUUCUUUCAAGGAAAAGAUGGAGAACUUUGACUACAGCAACGAGGAGCACAUGACCCUGCUGAAGAUGAUCCUGAUCAAGUGCUGCGACAUCUCUAACGAGGUGCGGCCCACGGAGGUGGCGGAGCCCUGGGUGGACUGUUUGUUAGAAGAGUAUUUUAUGCAGAGCGACCGUGAGAAGUCAGAAGGCCUCCCCGUGGCCCCGUUCAUGGACCGAGACAAAGUGACCAAAGCUACAGCCCAAAUUGGGUUCAUCAAGUUUGUCCUGAUCCCGAUGUUCGAAACGGUGACCAAGCUGUUCCCYGUGGUGAAGGAGAUCAUGCUGCAGCCCCUCUGGGAAUCCAGAGACCACUACGAGGAGUUGAAACAGCUGGACGACGCCAUGCAGGAGUUACAGAAGAAGACGGAGCACCUGGCACCAGGGAGCACGGAGAGGUGCGGCGGGAAGAGCAGAGAUGGGCAGGAAAGUGCAGCAGACUGUUCCUGAAGGAGGCGGAAGAGCUGCGGUACUGUCCAGGGCGGCGGAGCYCCACAGGAUGCCUGGGCCGGGGUCGCGCCUUGCGCC